AUGUCACCACUCGUCAGACGUCCAUCUCUCCCCAUCUUGAGCAGUGCGCCACCAAUGCAGAAGACGAGUUGGCACCAGACUCCAACAAAAAACAUUCGCAGCGGCGUCAAUGAACAUCACCCAGCACCAUAUCAGAUCACUUCAUACGAAACCAAAGCAGCGCAUCUUGCAGUUGCCAAGGCGACUCUAUGCUCUUCGUAUUGCCAUGGUCAAUGCCUUCCAACUCCUGCUGAACGAAUGGACGGUGCUCGAGCCGCAUUCGAUGUAGCUGAGGGAGAGUUUCAUCUGCCGGGCCAGGACGGGAGAUCGAUCGAGUGGUCUCCCAAUAAGUAUCGCUUGAUCACGGACGCUGCAUGGCCUAUAUGCAGCCGUGUCAAAGCCACAGCAGCUGCCCUUGUUAGCAUGGUCUAUCGCUUUGAGAUGCCACAGUGCUUAGUGGAUUUGUGGAAUGGGCCAGUUACCGCUGCGGAUCGCUCCUUUGGAUGCUGCACUUCCAUGCUGUAUGCACACCCCAUUCUUCAACAGAUUAUCGAGCAAUCGUUGUACCGCCCCACCAAUGCAGAUCAACGUGUCCACUUCUCACCAAUGCCCGCAGGCGCAAUUGCCCUUGCUGCUACUGCUACCUUUAGUGCCCUUGAGGAGUGGAAGACGGGGUUAUGUCAGAAGAUCCCCUUCACCGAGGAGAGUUACCAACACACCUACGCGAUGCACCUCAGGAAUAUCAAAUGCAUGAUUGAUACUAUUCCUGAUCAAGCGGCCUCAUUGAUGAUGAGUAUGGCGGACUACUGCAUCGCAUGCAAUCAGGCCCCUGCGCCCCUACCAAGCGAGAACCAAGACGAACUCAAUGAAUUGACUUUUUGUUUGGAUAACAACAUCACUGAUGUUGACAAGGACAAUGCCAGCCUCGAAAUCUUUUGA